AUGAAUCGCAAUGGUAGAUCGACCGGAUCGACCGGAUCAACCAUCAAGUUCAAAGGACCAACAUCUCAGGCGCCGCUAUCACCAGAGUCUUGUGCGCAAUAUAUCAAUGCAUAUUUUGACGAAGUACAUCCAUUAUAUCCCUUCCUGGAUCGCAAGGAAUUUGAGGAAAAGGCACGACAACCCCAACUUUCUGAGUUUCUGAAACUUAACGCCCCUUUCUCUGCCCUUUACCACAGCGUCUUGGCUCUUGGGUGCCAAUUUCGCGAGGAAGGUGCCUUUGACCCGGGGAAAGGCAAAGCCUGGACCUACUUCCAAAUCGCGCUCGGGCUCUUACCCGAACUCAUGAUCCCUCAAGAGACUUUGACCGGCGUUCAGAGUAUUUUCGCAACAAGCUUGUCUUGUAUUCAAAUCGAGGAGAUGCUCAUAUCGGAGGCCGCCAGAAUGGCGCUGGCCUUACGAUAUAACAGAGCCUCUCCACUGGCUGGAGAUAAUCCGUUUCAAGGCCGCACCUUCUGGGUCAUCUAUACUGUCGAGAAGAUGAUUGCAUUUGAAUGUGGGAGGAGCUCGGUGAUAAGUGAUUAUGAUGUUGGGACACCUAUUCCUGAGGCCCCAGAAGCUGUCUUCGAUGGUUAUGACGACUUUUUAUCAUCCGCUCGCUUUGCUAGGCUGAGAUCUCAAGCCUACGAAAAGUUAUUCUCCAUCAGCGCGACACUAAACUCGAGUGAGCAGCAUCGAAUUGCCAUUGCGAGUGUGAUAGACGACUUGGAGCGGUGGAGAAUGUCCAUUCCGCUUGAAUUUCGACCAGGGGAACCGUUCCGAACACAGCAUAUGUCCAACCGUUGCCGCUUGACAGCUGCUCUGAGAACAUACUUCUCAUACUAUGCAAUGCUUAUUGCAGUUUCUCGUCUGGCGCUCCAAGUCGACGCAGACGCACCCUGUGCACAGCGACAAGAGACGAAAAAUACACUCAUGCAAGCGGCACGCCACGUUAUCGAACUCACAAGGUAUAUUGACACUAAAGCGUAUACCCAAAUCUGGAUUCUGGGUGUCAUGCCACUGUCUGCACUUUUUAUCUUGUUCGACCUGGUCGUGCAUAACCCGACGCACACCGAGACGAGGAACAAUCUAGCAUUGCUAGAUGUGGCAGCAGGACAUUUUUCCCGGCUCGAGUAUGCAACAGGAGGUUCGUUGCCGAGUUCACAACUCUCAGAGUUCGCGUACAUUGCUCGACAAUAUGUUCGAGAGGUGCAGACGGGUAUCCGGCUCACCUCUACAUCUACGACAAGAGAUACGCCAACCAUAGCACCGGAUGUCCCAUCCAUUCCUCAAACUAGCCCAGUUGAUGAUCGAAUGGCACCUGCAUUCCAAGUCUCACCAGCACAGUCAUACCCUACUAGAACCAAUUCGUCAACUAUCACCACCCCCAACAGGUCGGAUCUUCUACAUUACCCAAAUGACAAUUUCAACUGGAUAGGAAGUCCAGAGAUCCCGGUUGGCUUCGACAUGAGGAAUUUCUUCGAUUCACUGCUUCCGAGCUAUGAAACCAUGAUGUCGGAGGAUGUAUGA